AUGGGAGGAUCCUAUCCCGAUAUGCCAGGGUUUAAUGCGAAACAACUCGGUGCCGUGUCGGCUCAGUGGAACUCCACUUUCGAGGGAAUCCUUUUAAUCAAACAAAAGACCGAUGCUUUAUUCAAACGCUCCGCACCCUUCGAAGAACAUUGGUGUCGUUUAAAAGGAAACCUUCUGGUCAUCCUUCGCACCGACGACCGAACCUCCACUGAUCUCCUUGGCGUCAUCAUAUUAGAACACUGCUCUGUUUCCCUUUGUUCCGAAGCUGGCGUUCAACACGCAUUCAAAAUAGAAUUCAAAUCUGGCGAUGCACCCAUUCUCAUGGCGGCACGGUCUGCAGCGGAGGCGAAGAUGUGGUGUAGACACAUAUCCGCAGCGGGCUUAUCCGAACUUGUCGCCCUACAGGCCCAUUUUCGUGAGGAGCUGCGCAAAAGGACCGGAACAGAUCCCUUGGACCCCUUGAAUAAGCCUUUUCCACGUGCUGCAUUGGUUGCCGGUAUGCAUGCUCUCACGUUCGUCUCUGUCUGA